CCCUUGGACUGCCCAAGUGCUUCAAAGAGACAGUGCCCCGACUGCAGCAAAACAAACGCCCCGUGGUGUGGCCUGUGUACUGCUGGGUUUGUCCGACGUACCGUACCUUGUGUUUUUGUUGUACGAUUAUCAAAUAGGUGGUGUGAGUGUAUGUAUGCGAAAGUAGUGGAAUGCGUGCGUGCAAUGGCGGGUGUGUGCGUGUGUGUGUAGUGUUAGUGAGUGGGGUGAAAACUGCACCAUACGGGAUGCAACCGAGCAUCAGCGGCAGCUGCAAUCCGCAGUGCAAUAGACAAUAACAAACGCCUAUCUAUCCAGCAUUGUCACACACUGUAAUGCAGCGGCCGAAAAACAAUUCAUCACCUAUCACUGCGAUCGUAAAAAUAUGCAAAAGGAGCAGCUAAAACUAUGACCAAAUCUGUGUAGCCGUAAAUUUGUUUAUGUUUUGCCAUACGUCCGUCCGCUGCGGGUGUCAUGUUGAUGCGUCAGAUGAGAAUGACAGUUGGCGCUUGUCGGAGAAGCUGCUCCCCUAUCGAACGCAAAAACAAUAUCGUUAACUAAGCAGUAAACUAACACACGUACACGAGCGUGAGUGAUAUUGAUCGUUAUUAAGUGUAACAGACGAAAGUGCUUUCCCCGAAGCGAUAACACAGUGUUCAAGCGUUUACCCGUUGUAAAAGUAGCCCGAAAGCAAAAUGGCCGCAUUCGUCGCAAAGCAAAUGGUCGGCAACAAGCUGAACGCCGUUAAAGGAGCUGCUGGAGGCGCUGUUGGAGGUGACGGAGGUGACGAUGAGAACGACAAAGAGAAGGAAGAGGAGGCAGAGCGCGAACGCCAGGAGGCGAUCCGUGAGGCCGAGGAACGACGCAAGGAGAAGCACCGCAAGAUGGAGGAGGAGCGGGAAAAGAUGCGACAGGAAAUCCGAGACAAAUAUAACAUAAAGAAAAAGGAGGAAAUUGUUGAACAGGCACCCCAGGAGGAACCGAAUCCGCUGAUGCGGAAGAAGAAAACGCCCGAAGAGCUUGCGGCUGAGGCGGAACAGGAGGAUCUAGACGACUUCACGAAUGGCGAACCAUCAACCGGUAAUCGAAAGUUGAAAAACUCCAUAGAGACGCAGGUGAACGAGAUCAAGACACAAAUCGAAGGCAAAUGCUCCUUGCAGUGAUUGUGCAUCGUAUCGUGCGUACUCUACCAACCAAGUAUUCAGUAAUAUUUGAUGACAUCAGUCACAAACAACACAGUCACAACACAUCAACACAACCGUGUAACAGUGUGGAGAGCAACACACCAUGCCAUUGCAAUGUACGUGCAGCGAUCGUAUCCGUGGAUCGGUUCCCAGAUGUAAACCCUUGCACUGGUCGCCUCCAGACAGGGAUCCACCGAAGCAAAGAGAUGUGAGUUUUCUGCUAGGUUGGGCUGAUAACCAUAGCCUCAGAAACCCAAAUCAUCCCAUAACCCCAACAUCGUCAGAGUCGACGCAUCGGAGAGCAAUACAUGAUCGUACAGCGUGGGUGAGAAGAAAUACAGCAACAACGCACGUGAUGAAUCUCACAUCAUCGAAAGCAUCAUGUCCUUUCCUUCGGUACACAUCCUGCAGCAAUGCCCCACAAAUGGAACGAGCUGUACAUCGCAACAGCAACCAUUCACAAAAAAGGUCACACAGACGAUCAUACACACACACAGAGAGAGAAACAUGUUGUACACAUAAACCAGCGUCACCGAAAGAAAGCCAACCAUGCAAAACCCAUAAACACACAUCCCGGACUUACCGAACGAAUGUGGAAGGCUUUCGGGACGGGACGGCGUGCAUUCCACCAUGAAGUAGUUGUGAGUAGCCCGUAUGAAACACGGAAGCAAAAGAGAAAAAAACGAAAAAAAAACAAAAGUAAUAAAAGAAAAAUAUUCCAAAAAUUGUUAAAAAAUAUUAGGAGCCCUUUGCGAAAGGAUGAAAACAAAGCAAACAACAACAAAAAAAUCACUUAGCGAAGUAAAGAAAAAAAAUAAAAUAGUAGUGCAGUAUAAAAGUAAAGUAAUGAAGAAAAAAAUUGAACUUACAUCAGGCAACAAAUAAGCAAAAAUUGUGAUUAAUCUCCCUGAACAGAAAGAAGUAGAAGCAGAAGAAGAAACAUACACACAACACACAAACGUCAAGCUUCGUCUUACAAUAACGGGCAGUAAAAAAACACUAGCAAAUGGAGAAACAAAAAAUCCGUUUUCAAUACUUUGCAAAUAAUAGCUCUGUCUCUUCUCCAAACAAAAAAUAGCAUUCAACCCCAUAUAAAUACACACACACACGCAAACAUAUUUAAAAGAAAACACCCACAAGUGUGAAAAAUGUAAGUUUUUGUAGAGAAAAUUCGUUAUCGCGUCACGAUUGUUGCUAUAGCAGCCCAAGUUACGUUUGAUCGUUGUUUUCCGUUGAUCUUUCUGCUCGAAAGCGUUGUUGAUUUUGUUAGUCAGUUUAUUUUCCUAAAAAUGCUAAAAAUUGCUGUGCUUGAUAAAUUGGGCACAAGAAGAGGAAUAGCAAAAAAUAAAAAAAGGCAAAUGAACAAACAAACAAAAAACGAACAAUCUUUGCGACAUUACUUUGGAGUUCGUGUAGAGAGUAGAAAAUAAUAAAAUAAAAACAGAAAAAACAACUAAGUCGAUCGGUUUCAGUGCGUUGCCGGUUCGGGUUUCGAAAAGGUUCGAAGCGAAUUGGAUCGCUUUUCCAUUAUUUCCAAUGUGUCGUUUCGCAACUCCGUGUGUUGAAGUUUUUAUUUGUCCUGUUUUCGUGUGCGCUGUUCCGGCUUCGAAAGGAAUACUAUUGGCUUACACACGAGCACUACUUCCGGACAACUGUCAAACGGCUUCAUCCCUUUCACAUGCUCUCUCUCUCUCUCUCCCUAUCUACCUUCAUCUUACUUUUACAACCGUAACCGCGUGGAGAAUGUUUGUGAUAGAGUUCCAAAGUGAUAAACAAAAAACAAAAAACAAAGCAAAUGACAAGAAGCAUUACGCACUGAGAGCAAGGGCAGUGUGUGCGCGGUUUGUCCAAGGCAAGGAAGCAAUUGACAAGUGCCGCACCACGAUCAAUGGCCGGUCGGUAAUUUAUUCUAACAGAUUCUCAACGGAAACGCAAUCCCCGAACGUUUUUGACACAGCAGCUGAAUUAAUAGUAAUAAAUGAAAAAUAAUAAACAAACGCCCGCCUCGGAAAAACCAACGGAAGCAACGGCUCGUAGCGCUUGUCUGUGUGUGUGUGUGCUUGUUGUGCCCACGGGCGGCACACUUCGUGUUAGUUACAAAAAAAAAUCAACAAAACCAAAACCAAAAAAAAAACACAUAUUUUUCGCGUUGUCUUUUUUGAUCGUUAGCCCAGUUGAUUGAAAGCGUUAAGAAGUAAUGAAAGCAAAAUAAAUAAAUACAUAAUACAAGAAAAAAAGCAAAUGUUUUAACUUUAGCGACAAUGCAGCAAGUACUAUGCACUUAUCAAUGAAGUAACCAAAACAAAGGAGAGAAAACAAUACACCCAUACACACACACACAUACACAUAUAUAUACAAACACUUACACACUAACCGGACAUAAAACACUUAUUCGGUGGUACAUUUCAAACGAAAGAAAGAAAAGACAAACAAGACAGUGAAAGGAAGGAAACAACCCUAAAGCACUUGCAAAACAUUUAGCAAAGGAAGAAACCAACGCAAACGUAAUCGACAGUAGCAAAAGAAACCCCCGUGAAGAAUAAAAUGUAUAUUUAGAGCGAAGCAAACACAGUAGAUAAAUGAAAAGGUAGUCGAAAGAAGCAAACGGGCGGAGGGUGAAACAAAGCAACAACAAAGAAAAAAAGGGAAAACAAAACAAACUUUAGCGUUAUUAUUAUUAAAAAUUAUAGCUUGAAAAUUUGUUGAAAGUUUAAACAUGAAAGUGACAACCACAGAAACGAAGCAAACAAAAACAAAUGAUAAACCAAAGCUCCAAAUUGCAAAAACAUAAAACUGCGAGAAAAAAAGACAUAACAACCCAAGGAAAGAAAUAAAACACAAAAGGUUCGGUGAAGUUGUGAACCAAGGGGAGAGAAAACACGUUCUCAUCAACGAGCUCCAGUCACCUUCACACAAACACACACUCAUACAUGUACACUAAAAGAAAACGACCAGGCGGCGUCUGUUGGAAAAAUGGUGGAAAUGUUGUAACGCGUGGUAGAGAAGAGAAAAAGGGAAGCAGACAACGAAAGCAGCUGGUGGAAGCGUCUGCUAUGUAUGUCGUGAUGGAUCGUAUGAUGGACGUCGGACAGGACCUUUUUUGCUCACUUAAACAUAAUUCCACCAACACCGCAUUCCCUUCCCAUCCGCACUUCAAGCGAAGGGUGCAGGGUGAAUAAUGUUUAACAGGGGAAUAACGAUGGCAAUAUAUAUAUACACAUAUAUGUUCGAAUAAAACUUUCGUUCGAGGUUCGAAGAAUGGUUAGCAAAACUGAAAAGAUGGAGACACUGUCACAGGCCACAAGCAAACAGCAGCAGCCACAAAACCCUGUUUAAUGUUGCUCGUUUGUAUUUAAAUGUGUUCUCUCUGUACACCUAACCUCAGUCGCUGUCGUAUGUUUUAUGUUUUUUGGUGUGUUCACUGUUUCACUGUAUCACAAUUUGUCUGACCUUCAUGUUACCGUGUGUGGGCUGCUGUGUAUGGGCUUGUUUGUUAGUUGUGUUUCAAGGAACCCAUUUCGAGGGUAUGACCCCUCACACACAAUCGUUAACAACAUACACCACACACACAACUACAAACGCAUACACAUUACCAAAAAUAAAUCCAAAACAUCGAAUUGCAGCAUGUUCAAGUGCACUUCCGAAGAGAGAAAGCAGAGACGAAAAUCCCCAGAAAGAAAAACCGCAAUCAUAUAAUCGUUAUCGAUAAAUGAUCGUCAUACAAGGAACAGUACCUUGUUGCCGUGUGAGCCAACUCCAUCUUCUUACUACUUUUCGGCUCCAUAGUGUAUUGAUCAUUUUGACUGUAUGUGUGUGUGUGUCAUGUUCAGAGGAUCUUACCAACACUGACGUUUGAUGAUAGUGCUUUCUGGCGUUUGUACUACUUUAGGCCCUUGCGUAUGAAAUAAUUCAUCUGCUGGCGGCUGCUUUCAGGUGCGUUGUUGAAUUAUUUUGACAGCCAGCUGUGUGCGUAUUGAUCCUUUUUCUGUUUUGCGUCAGCUCGCCUGCUGCGAUUUUUACACUGCUGAUUCCAUUUCAGCCCCUCACCGUUACUUAGUAACCUUUCUAGCUGCUCUCGCUUUCACAUAUAAACACACACGCACAUAUCCACACAAACGUUUGUGCAUUUCAUGUCGUGUUGGUUGUUUUCUUUUGUUUCGUUCGUUCAAAUAUUGUUGAACACGAUCAAUGUGUAAAUGAGCAAUAAUAUUAUAACAAUCGAUAUAAUCCUGUUUGCAAAAGGACGCGAAAGUUAAGAAUAGAAACAAAACAGUAUGAAACGCUAAUAAUGUUACAAUAAAAGAACAUAAAACAGCAGGAUACUCUAGUGGUUAACUUUUUUCACACCUCACAUACACAAAUGCGCGCACUACGCAACACACGACAGUUUGUUACACGCAAGUUUGCGUAAUAUGCGUCCAACCUUCGAUCUCGCUUACUACGCAAGGUGAAAUCUUGUUUUGCUUCGUCGUUAUCGUUUAAUGUUUUCCAUAACAACGAGAUGUAUUUUUUUAUGUAUAUUUUUAGUUAACUCUGUCCUUUCUCUCUCUCUUUCUCUCUUUCUGGUUUCUGUGUGCAUCUAUCACUCUGCUCAUUAAUGACUUGCGUGUGUGUGUGUUUGUGAGUUUGUGAAUGUGUGUACUAGUAGUGAAUGUAUAUUAUAAAUAAAAACGAAGCAAGUACAUUGGAGAGGAGAAACACAUAGAAAACACACCGGUUACAUAAACUCUGCAUAAUAAACCAAAAGAUUGGAAGGAAGAAAUGAUACAAAAACAAUACUAAAAAUCCACAACAAAAAGAUGCUCGUAAUUGACUAAUUACAUUAACAUGGUAUAGAUAAAUCUUCGCACAUUCGCGAAGAUAACACAAUAACACUGCUACACAAGAUCGAAGGAAACAAAAAAAAAGCAAAAACUCAAACACGAAACCACAAUAGUAAUGAUACAAAUCAACUUCUACAAUCACAAAAUCAUCAAAACGUGAUCAUACACAGACACGCACACACACAUAUAAAUAUACACAAACAAAAUCCCGCAACAGUGAAUCGUUUGCAAAAAAGCGUAUUUAUCUUUCUAUCACUAUCUCUCUUAUCUUUAAAUCACAUUUAUCUAGCGCAGUAGUGGGGAAAAAAAGGGAAUAUAAACAGCAAACGCCGAAGAACUAGCAAAAAGAAACAUGAAUAACUAGUUGAAAAGCAAUGUAGUGAAGUAAAAUACAAACAAAUGCAUUAGAAACAAACCAAAAAAAAAGGGCGGAAAAGAGUGAAACUACAGGCAAUUAUGGUUUAAUUUAUAUUCGACUGGUUAUUUUGAGUUGUUUACUCUUUUUCACAACUCUUUUUUUCUUUUUUCUUAUGCAUCUUCUUGUUGCAUUGUACGUAUCUCCAUAUCAAGCAAGAAUCGUUUUUUACAGUUACUUGUUACUUUUCUUGUUAAUCUUUUUAAUGCAUUUUCACCGAAAAAUCUUUUAUCUUUAAACGCUUGAUUUAACACAGUGAAAUGUAAGUACGCUGCUAGUUCACUUUCACCGCCAGGAUGUUGCGAUCAUUUACUCUUCCGAUCGCUAUCGCUGGUAUUCCCCGUUCCGUGCGCAUUUCCCUCUUCACCCGCUCUAGCAAUAUCGAAACAAAUAUAUAUAAAUAUACAUAAACAUAUAACGAAACUACAUAUGUGAGCAUAUUUAACAAACAAAACAAAAAACAGUACUAUCAAACAAAACCCAAAAACACACAUCGGAAUACAGUGAGUGCGCCGAAAUGUACCGACAUAAUCGUAUGCAGUGUGUUUAAAAAAAAAGUUUUCUGUGUGUGUGUUUGUAGUCAAGCAAAUGAAAAAAAAAACUUCACUUCCUGUAGCAUCACAUCACUCCGUCUGUUGUUGCUGCAAUAAACAAGCACAUCUAACGAUUUCAAUGCUGGCUUCUUCUCCCAUCUUUAAAACGCAAACACAACCAAACAGAACAAAGAAAACAUUUCGAGUCAUUUGGGAAUGGAGAAUGUAAGAACAAAAGCAAACCAAACUAAACAAAGAAAAAACCACUAAACAAUACAAACAACACAACUACUACAAAUGCGCGGAGAAGCAGGGAUUGCGAAAAUGAGAUGAAACUAAAAACACAAAAACUGAACCAACUAGGCAAACAAACGAACAAAACCAGCAAAAAACCAGACGACAUUAAACAGCAGCAACCAGUAGAGACUGCAUCUGCAACACAACCAACCAAACAACCAAUCAUCACCACCACCACCACCACUACAACCAUCAUCACAACCACCAACAUGGCAUUAGGCAUCGUUUGUUUAUAAUUGUUACAACAAAAGAAAAAUGGUUUAAUGAGAAAACAGAAAAAUGAAACAGCGUUACACAUUGAAAAUGAGAUUAAGAAAUUAAGGAAUAAAACACAAGAAAAAAAAACUGUUAAAAACAAACUGAAUGGCCUUUUUAAUACGUGCUUACUAUAUUUAUAUGCUUUCUGUUACGCACACACAGACACACACACAAACUCUUGGUGUAUUUAUUUACUUCUUCAUGCUCUAUACAUACGUUGCGUUCGUUCACUAUCGUUCUUUACAACCAUCACAACAUUACACAAGAAUCGCGCGACACUAAAACAACCAAAGGUGUCUCGAUCGGACACGUGUUCGCUGUAAGAUAUGGUAAGCUGCCUGUAUUUUCUUCACAUUUUCAUACUUUAUUUCCAUUGUAUGUACACUGAUACAAACAUGCAAACCACCCACAAACGUACACGAACACGAAAUUCCGUACUUCAAAUGUUUGCAUGCAUAACGCAUUUGGUGUCCAAAGUGUGCUUUGUGUUCCGUUUGUCGCUAAAUUUAAUUGUAUUACCUUCGUAUAACGUUUUGUCGUUAAAAAUGGCGUAGAAAGCAACGCUAUGAGAAAACAAAGUAUUAAAGCAACAACAAAAAACCAACAACAACAAACAAACAAAUAAGAAACAAUGGAAUAGAAUUUAGCCUGAAAACAGUAACAACGCUAAAACAGUAGCACUAUAUAAAUAGACAUAAAAUAUGAAAAUAUACACACAGAGCCAUAUGAACAAUAGAUUAUGAAGAGAGAGAGAAAAAUGGAAAUAAAAAUGAAGCAAAAACAAAAAAGAAGAAGAAGCACAACACAAACACUGAGUGUGAGGUGGGAACGGAAGCAGCACCGAAGUCAAUGGAAUGCAAUGGAAAACAAUAUACAUGUCAAUUACUAUAGGGAGGGAAGCUGAUUAAAGUUUAAUUAUCUCAUGCAACGAGGCAUGAACCUAUAUACAUAUAUAUAUACACACACAAUAUAUAUAUAUAUAUAUAUAUAUAUACACAUUUAGUGACGCCUAGUUUAAAACCAAGCGUAGCGGCUAGUAAAAGCAGACAAGCUGAAACAGUUGCAAAGAAAGAAACGAAGAGAGCUAUUUAAAUCUAAAUCCUGUCCGGUUUCCCUAAAACAAACCCGGUGUAUCGGUCCUGUCUCUCGGCGAGAAUGGGAAGCGUUCGAAUGGGAGUGAAUGGAAAGUUUUUGUUUAAUUGAUAUAAAAUACCUAUAUUAUUAAUUAGUUCAUUUAUUUAUUUUUUUUUUGUUAUUGUACUAUUAACUAAUUUUUUAGUAUGAUUGUAUUCACUUUUUCAUUUUUUCCUAUUUUCCUUUUUGUUACUGUUUUAUUUUUCUUGUUUUGUAUAUUUUUUAAAAAAAAGUACCCUUUCUUUUAUGUUUUCAAUUUUUUUAAAAUUUAUUUUUAUUGUUUUUUUAUGCAUUUUAACAAAAAAAACUUUUUAAACCCUAUAAGUGAAACCGGAAAAGCGAAAACAAAUUGUCAUAGUAGUGAGAAAAGUAGUGCAGAACCAUUAACUAGUUGAAUGCAAUUAAUGAAAGCUAGAGUGAACAAUUACCGUGUGUAAGCUUUCCAGCAGUAAGAAGCUACACAUCACCUUGAGAGCAGAAACAUUAGUCAUACGGCCAUCAACGCAACAGGCACGAGAGGUUUCGCUCGGUUCAUUUUCAUGGAAACAUGUUCAAUUUUACCCUCUAUUUGCCAUCUUCCCGUUACACUAUUUAAGCUACAUUUUUACCAACAAACACAAACUAAUUGUAUUAUUUAUGCCCACGUUCUAUCGGGAUUGGUAUAUAUUCUGCUUGCAUUUAGCGGUCCUUUUUCUCUCAACAUAAUAACAAAACACACAACCAAAUGUCUUACAACAUUUACACAACCUGCUACCAUUGAAAUGCUACUUAUUCUAUCCAUUUCAAACUCUCUCUCUCUCGAAACGCGCUAUUGCUAUCUCAUGCUUAGAAAACGAAUAAAAACAGUACAUACAACAACAACAACAAAAAGAAGAUAGAAAAAAACCAGAAAACAGAUGAAAUACAUAGAAUUCGGUAAAUGGCGUAGAAAUCUAACAAGCACAAAACUUCGAGCGUAUUGUAUAACCUAUUGAAAAUGUAAAACUUAUUAUCGUAACUACUUAAAAGCGAAAUGCAAAACCCUAACUGUUUAAAGAUGACAAUUGCUAAAACCACAUAUAUUACUCAUCCUUGCAUUGUAAACGUAUGGUACGGAAAUGAAACAAGUAACAACAGUAACAUUGCGCCCUUCAUACGCGCCCACCCCCCGUAGACUUUACUUCUUCUCGCAUGAGUGAGUGGUGCAGUGCGUGAGUGUGUGUGUUUUAUAUUGUUUAAUGAAGUGUUUGAAAAGAAUUCAACAUCACCCACAAAAAAAACAGAAGGCCCAGAUGGCAUGAAAGUUAUAGAGAGAAAAAGGAUAGAACAAAAACAAAAUGGGAAAUAGUCAAACAUACAACCACCACCACCACCACCACCAUUAAGGAAUGGCACCCGUAAUGGUGCAACAACAACAAAAAACAGAGCAAAUCGAGUUAAAACUCAUGUGGAAAUUGAACAAGAUAAGAAGGAAGGAAAAUGAAACAGCGAAAGAAAAAGGCAAAACAUAUUUAAGGAAAAACAAAACAAAACAGAAAACCCUAA